AUGUCGUCCGACAUCACACUAUACACCUGGUCCACUGCAAAUGGCAUCAAGGCCUCCAUCACCCUGGACGAGCUUGGCCUACCCUACAAGAUUGAACCGAUUGAUAUUGGAGCCGGCGUUCAGAGGGAGGAGUGGUUCUUGAAGAUUAACCCCAAUGGCCGUAUCCCGGCACUCCUCGACGGCUCACAACGUGUUUUCGAGAGUGGCUCGAUUAUGUUGUAUCUUGCCGACAGAUAUGACACAGAACGCAAGAUCAGCUAUGCACCUGGCACUCCCGAGUACAUUGAGCAGGUGUCCUGGUUGAUGUUCCAGAUAGGUGGCAUUGGUCCCAUGCAGGGCCAGGCAAACCACUUCCGACUGGUUGCCAAUGUCCGCUCCGACCACGCUAUCAAGAGAUUCAUGGAUGAGACCAAGCGUCUUUACUCGGUCCUGGAAUCCCGUCUGAAGGAAAGCCCCUAUCUGGCAGGUGCGAAGUAUACCAUUGCCGAUAUCGCCAGCUAUACGUGGGUCCGCCGAGGCCCUGCGCUUCUGGAGAUUGAUCUCUCUGAGUUUCCGGCUGUCAAGAGGUGGGUCGAUGAGAUCGGCAAGCGGGCGGCGGUGCAGAAGGGCACCGACGUGCCUCAUGUUGACCGUACCAACGAGCAGAUGGGGGUCUUCCAAAACGCUCGCGCUAAGAUUGAUGCCAUGAUCAACUGUGAUACACAUUGA